GAUUCGUGGAGAAAACGCUCCCGCUUUUGGCAACGAAACAUUUGCGCGCGUGGUGCAGGAGCUGGCGAAAACGGAGAAGCUCAAGGGGGAGCUGGCCAGUGUGUUCAAGGGCGAAUACGUCGGUGCCUACAUGGACGUCCAGUACUACAUGCUGAAGAAUCUGGCGCAAAUUCUGGACAACGCAGAGGAGCAGGACUUGACGCUGGUUGCCAAUGCGCUGCGCUUGCUCGGAAUGGUGCAGAUGCCGUAUGACGCAGAGGAAAUCACGUCGUUCCUUGUGGAACCCAAAAACUCGAACUUGCCGGAGCAAGAGUUGGUGAGCAGUGACGAAGAGAGCGAUGACGAGGAGGAAGAGGUGCUCGCUACUGCUGGAACGAAGCGGAAGGCUGCGGACUCAAAGGCGAAUAAAACAAAGAAAACGAGGGGUCUUCACAGCGUGAAGCAACAUCAGCACGCGUUCAGUCUUGCCUGGAUUGCUGUACUGCGCCACAAAUUACCCCAGGCUUCAUACAAGAAGGUGCUAGUGCAGCUCCCGGACGAUAUCAUGCCACACCUGGUAAAUCCGCUGCUACUUGCAGACUUCCUCACUGACUCGUACAGCAUCGGCGGCGUCACGAGUUUGCUGGCGCUCAACAGUCUGUUCAUCCUCAUUCAGGACUAUAAUUUUGACUCGCCGGACUUCUACAACAAGCUGUACGCACUACUGGACGAUCCCUCGCUGUAUUCAGCCAAGCAGCGCGACCGCUUCUUCGGUCUACUGAACCUCUUCCUGUCAUCUACGCAUUUACCGGCAUACACGGUAGCAGCAUUCGCCAAGCGGUUGUCACGCAGUGCGUUGACAGCCGAGCCUGGCGCUAUCCUGUUCAUUAUCCCGAUGGUGUACAACCUGAUCUUGCGCCACAAGGAAUGUCUGCAGCUCAUCCACCGCACCGGUGCGUUCACCGCAGCAGAAAAGGCUGCUAAGCGUCGAGAGGAACUGUCGAGUGGGUCUGCUGUCGAUGCUGCAGCCAAAAAACUGUCCAGUGAGAAGACGGAGCUGGUGCUGAAGGACGGUCACGACCCGUUCAUUAACGACGAGCUGGACCCGAUCAAGUGCAAUGCCCUGCAGAGUUCUCUGUGGGAGUUGUACACGAUGAAGCAUCAUUACAACGCUGAUGUUGCAUUGAAGGCGCGGAUGUUCGAGGAGAAGCUACGUCACCAGUUUGUGGAUGUGGACGAGAGCAUGGAGAUCACGUACAAGAGCCUAUUCGACAAGCAGCUAAAGCGUAAGGAGAAGGGCAAGGUGCCUCUUGCCUUCCAGCCUUGCAAUGGUCUCUUCUCGAACGGUGCCGACGCUGAAGACAAAGAGGAGGACAACGUGUUUGCCAAGGUGUUCGAGCUUUAGACUGUUUUCUGGCUUCCUAGCUAAUAUAUCCAUCCCCAUAGACUGUCAUCAACUCGUCAUACGUGAAUGUUGGCGCAAUGUAUUCAUCAUUCA